AAGAUGUCGAUGAGAGACGUGCUUCUGCCGCCUACGUCUCCACCGGGGGGAUCUUUAAGGGUUAGAUGCCAUGGCUCUUGGCCUGCUAAAGACCGACAUGCUGCGGCGAUGUGUCGGGUAUCGAAAAGUCUGAUAGUCCAGCGGCUGUGAACUUUUUUUUGGCUCUUCUUGUUCUUGUUUUAAAUAGCAGCCUACGCUUCAACUAACGAAUGAGCACGCGGCUUUUCCUAUUAACGUAAAGAGGCCAUUAGUCAUGGCUGCCUUCGCGAUACUCUCAGCUCUGGGGCUGUUUCUGUCGAGCGCCCACGCGCAAAACUGCACUGCUCUUACUCCGUUCGCACCGCUCAAGGUAAGCGAUGGCUAUACCGCUCAGGUUGUUCUAAACGGGCUGAAAGGCCCGCGCGACAUCGUUUUGGAUACAGCCGGAAAUAUACUCGUGUCGGAACAAAGAGGAGCAGGCAUCAGGAGAGUCGUCUUGACCGAGAGCGACGACGGAAACGUCUGUGUGGCUUCAAGCGCCCAGCUAAUUCCUGAUUCGUCGUUAAACCACGGUCUCGCGAUAAGUCAAGAUGGAAAGACAAUCUUCGUCUCGAACAUGGCGAGCGUAUCCGCAUAUCCGUACGACGCAGAAGCCGGAACAGUCGGCGCCAAGAAGACGGUGAUAGAGGGCAUGAGAAGCGGAGGUCAUGUUACUAGAACGCUUUUUAUCCCAUCCAGCGCUCCAGAUAUCCUCUUAGUUUCGCGCGGCUCGGAUGGGAAUAUCGAUAAUUCGACCACCAACGUCGCAUCCGGCAAGAGUAUGAUCAAAGCGUUCAAGAUCUCCGAACUGCUUGCGUCGGAGACCACGACCGACUAUGCAACCGGGGGCGAGGUUCUGGGCUGGGGUUUGAGAAACUCGGUUGGCGUUGGCGAGGAUCCGUCAACGGGCGGUAUCUGGUCCGUCGAGAACUCGGCAGAUGAUAUCCAUCGAAGCGAUGUUGACCUUCACAACGACAACCCGGCGGAAGAACUGAACUAUCACGGCAUCGUCAAGGACGCCGAAAAUCCCCGAAAGGGUCUGAACUACGGAUACCCAGCUUGCUUCUCUGCUUGGGGACCUUCGGAUAUCCCUUCGAACUCCGGAAUUACCGUCGGCUCGCAGUUUGGUGGCAUAGACGGCACACCUUUCGAGCAAGUGACGGCGCGCACCUCCUUGCAAGAUGUCGAUGAAUUUUGCCGAACUGAACGGCAAGGACCGCGUCUAGUCUUCCCGGCCCAUACGGCUCCGCUGGACAUCAAGUUCAAGGAAGACGGCAGUGCCGCAUACGUUACAUUUCACGGAAGCUGGAACCGAAACCCACCGGACGGAUAUCGGGUAGGCAAGAUUGCAUUCGCCAACGGGCAACCUGUGGCAAGCGUAACGGAUACUGCGGCUGCGGAGUACGUCUUACAGAAUGAAGAUACGACUAAGUGCCCCGGGGCGUGUUUCCGUCCCGUGGGCCUCGCGUUCGAUAAGAAGGGUCGCCUGUUUCUGACGUCUGACCAGUCUGGAGAGAUUUUUGUUCUCACCGGAGCGUAGAUGCUUCAUGAAGGAAAGGAUAAGAACAAGGGUUAAAGCAGAGUGCAGGACAUAUUUUGGAUAAGGCAUCUAUCUUCUCGCGUAUACUUAUAAAGUAGACUAUAAAUAAAUGUCAUCGUCUUUGCUAGCAGAGC